GAAACCGAGCUACCACAACAAGAAGGAGAAGCAAUCGAGUCGAAAUUGAGCUGAGAUGGACGUGAUCAAGUCGCAGCAGAUACUCUCGCGCCCGAUCGAGAAGGUCGUGGUGCAUCCGCUGGUGCUGCUCAGCGUCGUCGACCACUACAAUCGCGUGGCGCGUGACACCAGGAAGCGCGUCGUCGGAGUCCUCCUCGGAACUUCCUUCAAGGGCGCCGUCGACGUCACUAGCAGCUACGCAGUGCCUUUUGAAGAAGAUGAAAGGGACCAUAGCAUCUGGUUUCUUGAUCAUAACUACCAUGAAUCAAUGUUUUCCAUGUCCAGAAGAAUAAAUGCCAAGGAGCAUGUUGUUGGCUGGUAUAGCACUGGUCCAAAACUAAAGGAAAAUGACCUGAGUGUACACGGUCUUUUCAGUGACUACGUCCCCACUCCAGUCUUGGUCAUUAUUGACGUCCAACCAAAAGAGCUUGGGAUACCCACUAAAGCCUAUUACGCUGUUGAAGAGGUUAAAGAGAAUGCCACUCAAAAAAGCAAGAAGGUAUUUGUGCAUGUUCCUUCUGAAAUCGCCGCUCAUGAAGUUGAGGAAAUCGGAGUUGAACACUUGCUAAGGGAUGUAAAGGACACUAGUAUCAGCACCCUUGCAACUGAGGUGACGGGGAAACUCGCUUCUCUGAAGGGAUUAGAUGCACGAUUGAAAGAGAUCCGAAGUUAUCUUGACCUGGUUAUAGAAGGGAAGCUUCCAUUGAAUCAUGAAAUCCUCUGCCAUCUCCAGGAUGUGUUCAAUUUACUCCCAAAUCUAAAUGUAACAGAACUUGUCAAAGCAUUUGCUGUCAAAACAAAUGAUAUGAUGUUGGUCAUAUAUCUGUCGUCCCUUAUCAGAAGUGUGAUUGCCCUGCAUAAUUUGAUCAACAACAAGAUGCUGAACAAAGAGCAUGAAAAAACAGAAGAUUCGAAGCCAAUUGUUGCAACUGCUUGAAGCUUAAAGCAAAUUUCCAUGCUCUUACAAUCCAGUCGAGUCUUGAUUCCUCUCUUCGAGUUCUUCCAUAGCAAAGCAAAGCCCGGGACUUGGCUAUCUUGACGAGAUGGUAAUCGUUUAGCCAUUUUACCUUUAUUUGCUGUAAUUGAAUAGGAUCUUCCACAAGGAAUGAUAUUUCUAUAGUCUUUCUGAUUAUGAUUCUAUGAUGAAUACAUUGUUGAAAUUCAGUUACAAUUUUCUGUGA